CGUCACAACAAAAGUCAAAGUGCCAAAACAAAACAUCUUCCGUUUCUUUGCUGCUGCGAAGUUCUUAUCAGUUUUACAAGAUAGAAAAUUCAAAUCGAUUACUCAUUCCCCCGAGGCCGUGACCAUUGUUUGUUUUCCAGAUACAGUGAUUUUCUGCAAAACAGAUUCCACAAAACCGUUGCGAUGGCGCUAAUUAACAUCGACGGUGAUCCUUGGCUAAGUGAUUUAGAUGCAUGCGAGCGCCUGAGCAACGAGAUUCAGUCCCAGCUGGUGGCCCGCAACCGGGAAGGGCAACUGUCGCGCCAAUAUUCGUCCAUUUCCGGACAGGUGCGCGUACGGUUGAAGCAGUUCGGAUCGGAACUAGAACAGCUUAACAAAAAGCUAAGCUACAUCUCCAGCUCGUUGACCUCGGCUGAGGCGGAACGUCGCCAGAGGCUGGUUGAGGGUUUGCAGUCAAAACUGGUCCAGCUGCAGCGGCAGUUUAGUUCCGUUGAGGCAUCGGCUGAGAGGGCCAGUCUGUUUGCUUCCGGAAGUUCGCGGCUUUUUGAUGACGACGAUGAUGAUCCGGCACUUAUUAGGCCUGAAUCGAGCUACACGGUGGCCGAUUUGCGCGCUCAACAGACACGCAUCCUGGAGGAUCAGAACGAAGGGUUAGAUGCACUUUCGAAGGUGAUUUCCCGGCAGAAGGAAUUGGCCUCGAGGAUUGGCGGAGAAGUCGAUCGACAUAAUGAUAUUCUGGAUGAUCUGGCCACCACAAUGGAAACAACGGAUGCCCGACUCGAUCGAGAAACGCGCCAGAUUGGGGUAGUUACGGUCCAAGAUUCGACCUGGGGCUACUGGACUAUUAUUGGCAUUUUGGCUGCUGCCAUCAUAAUUGUGGCAAUCCUUCCCUAGCUAAUGGUGCUGGGGUCUCUCGAAGGGGAGGCGGCGGGCGACAGAGGAGAUGGCGAUGUGAUCGAUGCUUUCGGCGGUCCAGUCAAGGCGAGAGUUUUUGCGUAAACACGACCAGGGAGAGGCAAGCAUGAAGGGUAAGUGUGGUUGAAGCCCAUUCUUUUUAAUCAAUGAUAACAAUACCUAUAUGAAAAGCUGAAAAGUUGUAUUGUGCACCCAAAUAUUACUAUUAUAAUACUUAUAACAUGGUCAAUCUCUGUAAUCUUGAAUGUUUCAUACAGCCACGUUGAUAUCAGUGUUACAAGAUGCAAUUGAUUUUCAUAUAUCAAAAAUAUAUAAACAAUAUCUUAUUAUACUAAC